AUGUUCUCCAUCCAGGACAGUCUCCCACGGGGAGCCUUGACCAUGAAAGAAGAACCUCUCACAAGCGGCAUGACGCCGGUCCGCUCGUGGAUGCAGAGUGCGGGGAUACUAGAUGCCAAUACAGCAGCGCAAAGCGGUGUUGGUCUAGCUCGGGCUCACUAUGAGAAGCAACCACCAUCUAACCUGCGCAAGUCCAACUUCUUCCACUUUGUACUUGCGCUGUAUGAUCGUCAGGGCCAGCCCGUGGAGAUUGAGAGGACAUCCUAUGUGGACUUUGUGGAGAAGGACAAAGAGUAUAAUGGUGAAAAAACCAACAAUGGCAUCCAUUACAGACUACAGCUUCUCUACAGUAAUGGCAUCAGAACAGAACAAGACCUGUACGUACGGUUGAUAGACUCCAUGACUAAACAGCCAAUCCUCUACGAGGGCCAGGACAAAAACCCAGAGAUGUGUCGCGUUCUUCUCACCCAUGAGAUCAUGUGCAGUCGGUGUUGUGAUAAGAAGAGUUGCGGAAACCGAAACGAGACACCGUCUGACCCUGUCAUCAUAGACAGAUUCUUCCUGAAAUUCUUCCUGAAGUGCAAUCAAAACUGUUUGAAAAAUGCAGGGAAUCCAAGAGAUAUGAGACGAUUUCAGGUGGUGAUCUCCACAACAGUGAAUGUGGAUGGUCAUGUCUUGGCUGUCUCAGACAACAUGUUUGUUCACAACAACUCCAAACAUGGCAGGAGGGCCAGGCGCUUGGACCCCUCUGAAGGUAAGACAAUCUUCUUUUCCAAUGCAGCCACUCCCUGCAUUAAAGCCAUCAGCCCCAGCGAGGGCUGGACAACUGGAGGUGCCACGGUCAUCAUCAUCGGGGACAACUUCUUUGACGGACUGCAGGUGGUCUUUGGCACUAUGCUGGUUUGGAGCGAGCUAAUCACUCCCCACGCCAUCCGGGUUCAGACGCCCCCACGACACAUCCCCGGGGUCGUGGAGGUCACGCUCUCCUACAAGUCCAAGCAGUUCUGCAAAGGAGCCCCGGGACGCUUUGUCUACACAGCUUUGAAUGAACCUACCAUUGACUACGGUUUCCAGAGGUUACAGAAGGUCAUUCCCCGUCACCCUGGCGACCCCGAGCGGUUACCUAAGGAGGUACUGCUGAAGAGAGCUGCAGACUUAGUCGAGGCUUUGUACGGGAUGCCACACAACAACCAGGAGAUCAUCCUGAAACGUGCGGCAGACCUAACAGAGGCCCUGUACAGUGUCCCACGCAGCCACAACCAGCUGCCCUCGCUCACCGGCUCUGGAGCUCACUCCAGCAUGAUGGGGGUCAACUCUUUCAGCAGCCAACUGGCCGUCAACAUCUCUGAGGCCUCACAGGGCGACCAGGGUUACUCCCGCAACUCCAACAGCGUGUCUCCACGUGGCUACGUGCCCAGUUCCACACCCCAGCAGUCCAACUACAACACCAUCACCUCCACCAUGAACGGCUAUGGGGCAGCUGGUAUGACCAAUCUUGGGGUGCCUGGAUCCCCCAGCUUCCUCAAUGGCUCCACUGCCAAUUCUCCUUACGCAAUCACACCUUCCUGCCCUACUUUGGGGCCCUCCUCUUCCUUAUCUUCAUCUCCUUCCGUCCCUCUCUCACCAAGCUCCGCCUCUGGUCCUUUCUCAUUCUCUCCUGUCCAUAUGAUCUCUGCAGUCAAACAGAAGAGCGCCUUCGCCCCUGUCGUGCGGCCACAGACUUCCCCGCCCCCCACCUGCACCAGCACCAAUGGGAGCAGCCUACAGGCCAUGGCCGGACUCAUUGUCCCUCCCAUGUGA